GGAAGAGACCGUCUUCCGAGACCACGUGUUCCGCGCAGCAUGGCGGAGAUGAAGAGCCCCGCGAAAGCUGAUCCUGCGUCUCCAGCAGAAGCGGCCCAAGAUGACCGCCGCGGCCUGCUGGAGCACAGCCGCGAGUUCUUGGACUUCUUCUGGGACAUCGCGAAGCCGGAGCAGGAAACGCGGCUCCAGGCCACGGAGAAGCUGCUGGAGUACUUGCGCACAAGGCCCAGUGGUUCGGAGAUGAAAUAUGCCCUGAAGCGCCUGGUCACUGGGCUUGGGGUGGGCCGAGAAGCCGCUCGGCCCUGCUACAGUCUGGCGCUGGCACAGUUGUUGCAGUCUUUUGAAGACAUCCCCUUGUGCAGCAUCCUGAGUCAGAUGCAAGAAAAAUACAAUCUGCAAACGGUGAACAAGGCGAUGAUGAGACCCGCUCUCUUUGCAAACCUGUUCGGAGUGCUAGCUCUCUUUCAGUCAGGCCGCCUGGUGAAGGACCAGGAUGCCCUGAUGAAGUCGGUGAGGUUGCUGAAGAUCCUGUCCCAUCACUACAACCACUUACAGGGGCAGCCAAUCAAGGCCCUGGUGGACAUCCUCUCUGAGGUCCCAGAGUCCAUGUUCCAGGAGAUCCUGCCAAAGGUCCUCAAGGGGGACUUGAAAGUGAUCCUUAGCUCUCCUAAGUACCUGGAGCUCUUCCUCUUGGCUCAGCAGAGGGUGCCAGCAAAGCUUGAGUCACUGAUGGGCUCAGUUGACCUGUUCUCAGAAGAGAAUAUUCCCAGUCUGGUGAACGUGCUGAGGAUGGCGGCCAACUCUGUAAGGAAGGAGCAUAAGCUGCCAGACGUGGCUCUGGACCUGCUCCGCCUGGCGCUGAAGGAGAACAAAUUCACACUGUUCUGGAAGGAGAUUUUGGAGCAGGGGCUGCUGAAGAAGCCAUGCUGGUCAACCAGCUACAUGUGUUUCCGCCUGCUGGGGGCAUCCCUGCCUCUGCUGUCCGAAGAGCAGCUGCAGCUGGUGAUGCGGGGAGACUUGAUCCGCCAUUUUGGGGAGCACAUGGUCAUUUCUAAGCCCCAAAACCUGUUCAAGUUCAUCCCAGAGAUAAGUACAUAUGUGAGCACCUUCCUGGAGGGGUGCCAGGAUGACCCUGAGCGGCAGUUUGCCAUGAUGGUGGCCUUCACGUCCAUCACCAACCAAGGUCUUCCUGUCAUGCCUACCUUCUGGCGGGUCACACGGUUAUUGAGUAGUAAAGCCCUGCAGAGCUAUGUGGUCUGGUUGCGGGACAUGUUCCUCCAGCCUGACCUGGACUCCCUGGUGGACUUCAGCACUGCCAACCAGAAGAGAGCACAGGAUGCCUCGCUCAAUGUGCCAGAACGAUCUGUAUUCCGGCUCCGGAAGUGGAUCAUCCACCGCCUGGUCAGCCUCGUAGAACAUCUGCACCUGGAGAAGGAUGAUGCUGUGGUCGAUCAAGUAGCCAGGUUCUGCUUGUUCCAUGCCUUCUUCAAGACAAAGAAGUCCACUCCCCAGAUCCCAGAGACAAAGCAACAGUUCUCCUUCCCCUUGGACGACCGGAACCGAAGUGUCAUCGUUGGUGCCUUCUUCAGCCUGCUACAGACCCUCAGUGUGAAGUUUAGGCAGACACCAGACCUGAAUGAAAGCGGGAAGCCCUGGACUUACCGACUGGUGCAGUUGGCAGACAUGCUGUUGAACCACAGCCGCAACGUGACCAUUGUGACACCCUUCACAACACAGCAGCGCCAGGCCUGGGACCAGAUGAUGAGUACCCUGAAGGAACUAGAGGCCCGCUCCUCAGAGACCAGGGCCGUUGCCUUCCAGCACCUGCUGCUUCUGGUGGGCCUCCACCUCUUCAAGUCCCCUACAGAGAGUUGUGAUGUCCUAGGUGACAUCCAGACCUGCAUCAAGAAAAGUAUGGAGCAGAAUCCCCGUCGAUCACGCUCUAGGGCCAAAGCCUCCCAGGAACCAGUGUGGGUGGAGGUGAUGGUAGAGAUCUUGCUGUCCCUGCUGGCUCAACCCAGCAACUUGAUGCGCCAGGUGGUCCGGAACGUAUUUGGCCAUAUCUGUUCCCACCUUACUCCACGUGGUCUGCAGCUAAUCCUGGCUGUGCUCAACCCCGAGACCAAUGAGGAUGAGGAUGACAAUGUGGUGGUCACCGAUGAUACCAAUGAGAAGCAGCUGAAGCAUGGAGAGGUACUUAUCAGGUGCAAGGAUGAAGACUCAGAUAGUGAAGACAAUAAGAACUCAGAGAGUGACGUGGAUAGUGAGGAUGGGGAAGAGAGUGAAGAGGAGGACCGUGAUAAGGAUGUGGAUCCGGGCUUUCGUCAGCAGCUGAUGGAAGUGUUGCAAGCUGGAAAUGCACUGGGUGGAGUGGACAGUGAGGAGGAGGAGGAGGAGCUUGGGGAUGAGGCUAUGAUGGCCCUGGACCAGAACCUGGCCAGCCUAUUUGCAGAGCAGAAGCUGCGCAUCCAGGCCCGGCGAGAGGAGAAGAACAAGCUGCAGAAGGAGAAGAAGCUCCGACGGGACUUCCAGAUCCGGGUACUGGACCUGAUUGAAGUACUGGUGACCAAGCAGCCUGAGCACCCCCUGAUCCUGGAACUACUUGAGCCACUGCUGAGCAUGAUCCAGCACAGCAUGCGCAGCAAGGGCUCCACCAAGCAGGAGCAGGACCUCCUGCACAAGACUGCCCGCAUCUUCAUGCAUCAUCUGUGUCGUGCCCGCCACUACUGCCACGAGGUGGGGCCCUGUGCAGAGGCUCUGCAUGCCCAAGUGGAGCGGCUUGUGCAGCAAGCUGGCAGCCAGGCUGACGCCUCCGUAGCCCUCUACUACUUCAACGCCUCUCUGUACCUGCUGCGAGUCCUCAAGGGCAACGCUGCUAAGAGGCACCAGGACGGUCAGAAGCUACGGGGAGCUGACACCCAGUCUGAGCCCAAGGACCCAGAGGCCCAGGCUGCCAAUUGUUUGGACUUGGACUUUGUGACCCGGGUGUACUCAGCAGCUCUGGAAUCUCUUCUGACCAAGCGUAACAGCCCGCUCACUGUCCCAAUGUUCCUCAGCCUCUUCUCCCGAUACCCAGUGAUCUGUAAGAACUUGCUCCCCAUCCUGGUCCAGCAUGUGGCUGGCCCAUUGCGGCCCCGCCAUCAGGCCCAGGCGUGUCUGCUGCUCCAGAAGACCCUGUCUGCACGGGAGCUGAGAGUAUGUUUUGAGGAUCCUGAGUGGGAGCAGCUGAUUGGCCAGGUCUUGGGAAAGGUUGCCCAGACCCUGCAGACACUUGGAGAGGCGCAGAGCAAGGGGGAGCAGCAGAGGGAGCUGUCCACCUUGGAGCUGCUGAACACUCUCUUCAGGACAGUCAAUCAUGAGAAGCUGUCUGUGGACCUCACCUCUCUCUUGGGCUUGCUGCAGAGCAAGCAGCAGAAGCUACAGCAAAGCCUACAGCAGGGGAACCACUCCUCUGGCUCCAACCGCCUCUACGACCUCUACUGGCAGGCUAUGAAGAUGCUGGGAGUCCAGCGUCCCAAGUCAGAAAAGAAGAAUGCCAAGGACGCUCCUAGCGAUUCCCAGAGCCCCGUUAGCAUGAAGCGGAAGAAAAAGGGAUUCUUGCCUGAGACCAAGAAGCGAAAGAAACUUAAGUCUGAGGACACCACACUAGAAAAGGAUGCUGCAUCAGGGCAGGAUGUAGUGACAGCGGAUGCUACACCUGCUGCUACUGGGAAAGACCAGCCCCCCAGCACAGGCAAGAGGAAGAGGAGGAGGGUGAAGGCCAACACCCCAUCUCAGGUGAAUGGGACACCUGUCACCAAGAGUCCAGCUCCCAACAACCUCACCCUAAGUCCUAGCACCCCUGCUAAGACCCCAAAACUACAGAAGAAAAAAGAGAAGCUGUCACAGGUGAAUGGAGCCACUCCUGUGUCUCCCAUAGAGCCUGAAGGCAAAAAGCAUCACCAGAAGGCUCUUCCCACAAAGGAGGUCUUGAGAAAGUCCCCCCAGUCGGCCCUGCCACGCAAGAGGGCAAGGCUGUCUCUGGUUAGCAGGAGCCCCAGCCUGUUGCAGACUGGGGUCAAGAAAAGGAAAGUGGCCCGGAGGAAAGUGCAGACGCCUUGAGUGAGGUGUGCUCUUCCCUGCCUUCAGCAGCCCAAGAGACUCCUAUUUUUUCACCAAUAUUUUAAUAAAUAUUGCCAUGGUAUAUGA